UAGGCAUUCCGCAGAUCUCCAUCGACUCAGCUCCGUCCAUAACAAGAAGAUGAUAAACCAGGCAGAAGAAGAAGCAAUGUCUCUUUAUAUCAUGAUGCAAUAUGAGGACGGCCCGCACUUUGGAUCGUUGUAUGAAUUUAAUUUAUGUAAGCAAGACUCCUUUCGACCUUUAGCAUGGUUCAGGGAAAGGGAUAUUAGCCUUCCAUUAAGUUGGAAAUCUUGCUCCUUGGAUACCAAUUACGACAUAUGUCUAUUGCCAGAUAGUGAUCCUUUCCCUUCUGAUGAUGUGGUGAACCCCUUGUCUGGAUAUAUGUUCAAUGUCGAUACCAAGAAAUGUCAUUUAAUCAAGCCGCCCGUUGCUCCCAAAUGGGACGGACCUGUUGUAUCUGCAUAUGGGAAACUUUACUCUAUUACGGAUCCAUCCUGCUCAUCUGUUGUGCCUGCAGAGCCCUCUUUCGAGCGAUAUGAUCCUUACAGGUGUUGUUGGGAAACUCGGAAAUCUUUUCCUUAUAGUAGUAAAUAUUGGUCCAAACAAAGGAUUGGGGGUCAUGCCGUUUGUGAUGGACUCAUUCUGUAUAAUAUAAUCUCUCGUGAUGGAUUCAUUAAUCUGUAUAAUUCAUUCUCUUGCUCUAGAAAAUAUCAAGAUGAACUGUGGGCUUAUGAUGUAACACUGGAUGAAUGGCUUCCAGUCAGAGUCGAGAACACAGAUUGCUAUAGUUUCCGAGGACCGGCUGUAUGUGCGGACAAGACUAUCUAUGCGUUAUCAAGCAGCUUGGCAGUUAUGGCACUCUCUAUCACAAGGCAUGAAAAUCUUGUUACCUGCUCUCUAAAGUCACAGUUUGUUUGUCCAGAGUUUGGGGACUUUCGACCAGGCGCACGGAGAAUGGAGCGUUUGAUUUAUUUGGGUGACCUGAACUUUUGUCUUGUUCAGACUGGAUUUCGGUAUGACGACAUUAGAUCCAGUCAAUCUCUUAAAAUUACCACAUUUCACCUUGUGGGAGAAACCAAUAUCAAAAUCGAACGUUCAUUCAUUUAUGAGGUGCCUCUUGAGGGUUGUAUGAGAUUCACAAUUGAACAUUGCUUUAUCCUCCUUCCCGACCAUUUAGUUUUAUCCACUUCAAUUUAAAAUAGAUUGCGAUUCUUGUUUAUUUGGAAUGUCAUGCAUCUUAUAUAUGUUUCUGAUUGUUUUAUGUCUCAGUACUUUUAAACGCAUUGAACCAGAAGAGAUAGCUAGUCGCAUCAACCUCUUAAACCAAGAAGACAGAUACGGCAUUGAUACUGACUUCAUCAUCAAGCCUGUUGACUUCAUCUUCAAGCCAGAAUAUGAUUAUCUCGAGAUCGACCAGCCAAAUUAUGCAAAUAUUGAAGAAGAAAAUAUGUCCUUACAAGGUGGACCUCAUUUCAAAAUUAACUUCGUGGACUCAUUGAGAGAUUUGUUGGCAAUGGCAUUGGCCAAUGGUUUGCUCAGAAGAGGACUUCCCGCAGCUUCCAAUCUCAUGCCGGACCAGAAGGUAUGGCUGUGUGUUUUUGCUGAGGACAGCAACCAGGAUGAUUUUGUCAAGGCGGUAAAGUCAUUGUGUGAGGAGUAUCAUGUUAAGUAUCUGACAAUUGCCAGUGCUAAAACUCUUGGACAGUGGUCUGUGUUUGGUAAUAAGGAUUCUGAAGGAAAGGCAAAGAGGGUGGUUCGUACGUUGCUCUUGCGUUGUUAUUGAGGAAGGCAUAUAUGAGACGGAACUUCAUAAAGCAGUUUUGGAGGUCUGGAAGUCUCUCCCAUCAAAGCUGGAAGUGCUGGAAGAGUCUGGACUGUGUCGCCCUUUUGCCUAGGAUUGUGUUCUUUAGAUGGUCCAAGACAUAUAAGGUGCUAAAAGUGACAAAAGAAAUGCGAAUACCGUAAACUCAAAAGAAGAAGAGCGAAAACACAAGAAAUUCUCAUGUACUCCCUUCUCAAACCAAAAAUUAACGACUAUGGAUCUCAGAUGAUACAUGCUUCAGAGCUCCAACAAUAUCGACAACCAAAAUGGUGUCUUGAGAACAGAGGCUCCCUUGUCUUCUCCACCAAUCUCAAAGACUUGAAGUAGUAGUAGUUAAAGCUUACAUCUCAUUGUUGGAAAAGAAAUUGUUACAUGGUAGACAGCACAUUAUUUUGGACUUCGAGCAAUUCAAAAAAAUUUAGUUACAUACUUAUUGACAAGAAAAAUAAGAAAAUGAGUCAUUAUAGAUCAUGUCACUAAAUUUUUUACGGUCCGGGGCCUCCGAAUAGGAGAGUCUCCACAAGAUCGCGUCAUACGGUUUGAAAGCUCUGCAAUGCCCAACUUCUGCAUUUGUUCAAGGUCAUCUCUGGAAAGCUCAUACUGAGACUUCCACCAGCUACCACACUUUGAUAAACGAAAACAGGCUGUGCAACCAAAUCUUUGUAUUCUGAAGUGUACCAGUAUUUUCUAAGACCUUCCACAAUCGCUAUUAUGAUCUUAAAUUUCUUAGUUAAGUUCCGAAGGGCUUGUGCAUAUAGAGCAUGUGACUUGUCCUCUGGUGCAGGCUAGAAAAUUCAUUCUGAUUUAAGAUGGGAAGCCGCCCAGCAUCAUUAAAACGAAUUCUCAGUCCCUCCAUUAGUGAUUACAUCUAUAGCCUCACCUCUCUCUCUUUCUCUCUCUCUCUCUCUCUCUCUCUCUCUCGGUCUUUGUGUUUUGCCAGUAUUGUAUUUAUCUUUGUCCUUCAUUUUCUUGUUUUACUAUAUUUAUCCUUGAUCCUUCUUUCAUUUAUUUAUGUUUUUUGGGUAAUAUUGUAGCUAUGAAAAAUUUGACCUUGAUUAUGCAUUUCUUGCUUCUGCAGAACUAGUUUUUUUUUUUUUUUUUAAUUUAUUCAUGUGGUUGAGCUGGCGGGAAGAGUCACAUGUAGUUGUUAGGAUUAGCAUAAUGUGUGUAUUGCAGCUCCAGUACACGAAGCCUCGGUUUCAAAAGAAUAGGAUGUUGGUACUCCUGUUCGAGUACUUAAUAAGCUAUUUGCAUCUGUUGAAGUGUUGUACUCUCAUGAAUUGUCGAAGCACUUUUGCUGAUACUACACUUCUAUUGAUGUUGGUGUCUUCUAGCAGAUAAAUGGGAUUCCUUAUAAUAUCUGUAUGGUUCUUUCAAAACGCCUUCCAGUAUCUUCCUCUCUGAUAUUUUUGUUCCUGCAGAAAAUCGAGUAUGAGGAUGAACAAGCCUCAUAAUUAAUCUGAGCUUUCACGGCUGGCUGGGAUCCUAUUCUCUGGGAAACUUGCAGCAUUGAUUUUUUCUUAUACGUUUUAUAUCUUGAUGUUAUAGAUCUCGGAUCAAUUGGCUUUACUAUUCAGUUGUUAUGCCGAGCCUUGUGAUUUGG